AUGGUUCAUAAACAUGCAUUUGAAGCAUUAGAUAGAAGUAUGAAUGAUAUUUUCAAUGCUCAACGCAGUGGUGACUCAGAAAUGAUUUUUGGGGAUAAGGUAAUUGUUUUUGUAGGCGAUUUUAGACAGAUUCUGCCAGUUAUUCCCAAUGCAGGUAGACAAGACAUUGUAAAUGCAUCAUUAAGUUCAUCUUACAUUUGGGAAAAAUGCAAAGUCCUAAAGUUGACUAGAAACAUGAGGCUAACUGCAAACAGUGAAACUUCAGAAAUUGAACAAACAAGGGAUUUUGCAAAAUGGAUUUUGGACUUAGGAGAAGGAAAAGUUGUAGGUGAUAAUGAUGGUGAAGCAGUUAUUGAGAUACCUCAUGAUCUUCUCAUUACCGAUUGCAUUGAUCCUAUAUCUGCACUAAUUGAGUUUGUCUAUCCCUCAAUUCUUGAAAACAUCAACAACUCAACUUAUUUUCAAGAACGAGCAAUACUUGCCCCAAAAAAUGAAGUAGUUCAAGAAAUAAAUGAAUGCUUGCUGUCAUUGUUUCCAGGAGAAGAAAAUGAGUACUUAAGUUCGGAUACAUUAUGUGAAUCGAAGAAGCUUCAUGAUGACUUCGAUAAAACUUUGUAUCUCUUGAUGUUUUAA